CUAAUAUGGCGUCCGUGGCGUUACUUCAAUUUCAUCAAUUACAAUUUUCCUAAAUAAAAUUGAGAAUUACAGUGAAAAAACAGUGAGAAAAUAGUUGGAAAAGCUGCGUCGCAGUGUGGGAAAAGACAUUUAGUUUGUGCUUGGAGUAAAUGAGAAUUUUAUUUUGAUCCUUUGAUAAGGUGAAACCUUUUGAUACUCCUGCGAAAUGGUCUCCUGUGCUUGGUGACGACGUGUAUUGUUGCAACUAAAACCAAACAUUGCGUUAGCAAAAACAAAAAAACAGAAGCCACUUGCAGUUUUUGAUACAAAAAGUUUGAUCUAUUUAGAGUGAAAACAAGAUGGGAAGACCGAGGAAAAAUGCAAAUCAAGCAAAAGAUACCCCCAACAAGACAAAAGUGCCAGAGGAAGACACUGAGAAUCUUUCCCUAACCCUAACUCGAUCGCGCAGGAUUCCCAAACCGAAUCCCAAGUACUCAAAUGAUGUUAUUGUGUCAUUCUCCUCAAAAGAUGCGGGGGACAGCAGUCGUUCGACGUCCCCAGCAAGGUCUGAGACAAGCGAGGAAAUUGUACCAAUGUCUGAGGAUGACGACGAAGAGGAGGUGGAAGCACCCAAGCCAGGUACUCGCAAACGUGGACGUCCACCGAAGAACAAAAUCCCGGAGCCCCCUAAGAAAAUUUCAUCGCUAACUCCGCAAUCGAAGGAUGUUAAAAUGCUGAAGAAGAAGGAAGGAAAUGAGCCCGUAAAGCGUACUCCGGAACGACAGGGGAAGCAGCUGAGUUCUCCGGAUAUUGCGGCAAAGAGGAAAAAAGAUGAUAAUACAAUUGCUACCGUGGAUGCUUCGGUGAAGAAAGACAUAAAGGCCCUUGAGGAGAAAUUAAAGAACAUAUCGAAGCCGAAGGUUCUGCCGCAGACACGUUCGAAUGAUAAGAAAAUUUCAAUUAUAAAAGGUGGCUCCCCAGUGAAAGGGGAGUACAUUGAUAUUGAGGGGACGGCUGAAAAUGUGAAGAUUGUUGAUGUAUCGGAGAUUCUGAGUAAGAAGCACGAAGUAUUGGUGAAUGAGCCAAAGAGGCUCCGUAAGUGUCCUCCGGAAGCGCACAAAAUACCUCCUCGCACGCCAUACGGCUCAAAAAUUCUUAGUCAAUCCCCAAAAGUGGGUAGUCAGACUCCGAAAGUGUUGGCACAGUCGCCAAAAGUGGUGACCUCUCCGCAGAAAGGGCUGCCCAAGUUGCCAUCCGUGGCAAGCAGAAUGAGUCAAAAAAUUUCCCCUAAAAGUACACCACCGCCGCCUUUGAUUACGCGACAUGCCAACAAUGGGAAGGUCAGCAGUGUUAGUAGCUUAUCCGAUGCUAAGAAGAGUCUCACGACAUCUCCAAAGUGCACCGUGAUUGAUCUCACGGAGGGUGCAAAUUCCUUGGAAAAGCCCAAGAAAGCCCUCAAAGAGGCCCUUGUCGCAUCUGCCGGUGCACGAAAGCGCCCGGAGCCCGUUUCAUCGCACCUCAUGAGUACUGUACAAAAAAAAUCCAGUGAUGCAAAAUCCCCAUUGAUUAAUAGAACAUCAUCCGCAACGCGUCCACCCCCGCUCAUCACCAGACCACCCCCACUCAUCACACGAGGAUUGACUACAAAGUCCAAAAUCUCCGAUACUCCCCACAAAAGGGAUGUUAUGUCAAUCGAAUUGUGGAAUGUUGUGCAUCUUCCGCGAGAAUCAGUUGAGGAACUCCCAAAAAUUACUCUUGGUAUGACACUGAAGGAUUUAACUGAGAAGAUUAAGGAGAUUCAAUUACCCUCCGAAGCAUGGAGUCACAACGUCAAUGAAGACACUGAACCAUCAAGCAGUAUCACGUUCAAGCUGACAAAACCUACUGAUCCAAGUAAGGAGCGUUCCGUGACUUUCAGUGCAACCGAGCUCAUAAUUGAAAUUGAGGGCAAUGAAGUGGUUUUCGUGGGAGCUCCCGCGAGUCUUUCCACCCCAUCCGACAUCCAGACACUUCUUGAAAUCGUCAAUGAUGUGAGUAUGAAGAAUUCGUGUGUGGAGACCGUAGCAGUGGUGUUAUAACGUGCUUCUCCAACGUGGACAAUGAUGUACAUAAAAGAUUAUAUGGAAGAGACAAAGGAGAAUUAUGACCACUCAACAGUGUUUCUCCUUACUGAUUUUUUAUGAUUUCUCUUUAAUUUUUCUUUUUUUUCUAACUUUCAAGCCAUUUUGUAGAAAGGUGCAUCUUUGGCAUUACAUUAAGACCGUCUUUUUUUCUUGUGAAUUAUAAGAUAUAGUUAAUUGGAAAGAAUAAUGGAUCUAUUUUACACACACACACAUCUCUUUCGUUCUGAAUAAAACAUUUUAGAGCUCCUACUUAAAUGUU